AUGACCUCCAAGCAGUUCACCCUCUACACUCAUAAGACUGGUACGAACGGCUGGAAGGUCGCGAUCGUCCUCGUUGAGCUUGGCCUCAGCUUCGACAGCAUCUACCUCGACUUCACAGAAGUCAAGCAGGUGGCGCACACUAAGUUCAAUCCCAACGGUCGCAUCCCUACUCUCAUUGAUCAUUCGAACAACGACUUCGUCGUCUGGGAAUCCAACGCAAUCCUCAUAUACUUAGUUGAGAAGUACGACAAGGAGCACAAGAUCUCAGCGAGCAGUCUUGAGGACAAGGCCACUCAGCUGCAGUGGCUAUUCUUCCAGGCCAGCGGACAGGGCGCGUACUUUGGUCAGGCAGCGUGGUUCAGGAACUACCAUCACGAGAAGAUUCCCAGCGCCCUCGAGCGCUACCUGAGGGAGACCAUUCGCUUGACUACCGUCCCCGAGAGCGUCCUCUCCAAGCAGGCGUGGCUCAUCUGCGAUAAGCUCACGAUCGCGGACCUCUCGUUCAUUCCGUGGAACAGGUACGCGUUCGACCACAUGAUCGAGGGUUUCGAAGGCUUCAACCUGGAGAAGGACUGCCCUGCAGUUGCUGCUUGGCAUGCGAAGCUCAUGGCUAGACCUGCUGUUGCGGAGCAGUUCGCUCUGAAGGACGCUUUGGCGCCGAAGUAG